AUGCCUCCUAAAAGACACAAAAUCGUUAUCUACUUUCUCUUCUUCAACAUUUUUCACCAUGAUGUACUGAAUGAAGCCAGCAGCAGCCUUAGCGACACCACCACCACCAAGAGCCAAGUGGCAAACAUUGCCAGCCUCAAGCCUGCUCGCCAGAGCCACACAUUCAGCAAUAAAGGAGCGCAACUUGCCGCUGACACAAACGCCAGCAGCUGCAGUGUGGCUGGCGUCGGUUCAGAGUCCGAGGAGUUCGCUUGGUGGCAAGUGGACCUCCAGGUUGUGGCCAGUGUAGUCAGGGUCAGUCUGUUAAACACCUUAGAUGCUUAUGAAUCGACCUACCUGUCUAACUUCGAUGUUAUUGUGGGUCUUGAUAACGCCACAUCAUUAUCACCACCACCACCAUCGUCGUCGUCGUCGUCGUCAUCUUCUUCAUCAUCCUCAUCGUCAUCGUCCUCACCGUCGAACCAAAUCUGUGCAUCGUACAAAGGAACAGUUGAACCUGGCAAGCAAAUCAUCAUUCAGUGCCAGGCUCCAACAAUAGCCAGGUAUGUGACGGUGAGGCGAAAGGAUGGUUUCAGGCAGGACGCCUUGUCGCUCUGUGAAGUCGGCGUGUUCGUCGUGUGGCCGAUAUUAGAAUAUGAACUUGCCAGUCCUGUCUCGACCCAGCAAAGCAGCACAUUCGGUCCUUACAUUUCGGCACUGGCCGCCGAUAGAAAUCGAAGCACGUGCAGUAUAGCCGGUGUUGGGUCGAAUUCUGCUUCGUUUGGCUGGUGGCAAGCAGACCUCGGUGAAGAUAAAAUCGUUUACAGGGUUGGCAUCGUCAACACAGCUUCUGAAUACGAAUCCAACUACCUGAACAACUUCAACGUCUCAGUGGAUUCCGGAGCUGACAGCCGCAACCAAAUAUGCUCCAUAUUCAGCGAAACUGCUUCCGUCUUUCCUGGAUUGGAAGUUAACUUCACCUGCAAUCCCGGUCCACUCUUUGGCAGAUAUGUAACCAUACAGAGGUUCGGUGGAUUCCGACGAGAUGCAAUAUCGUUAUGCGAAUUCUCCUUUAUUUCACAAUCUAAUCCAUAUUUUACUUUCACUACCAAUCGCUUCUCAUUUCCAAACCUACCCAAAACCCACCCAUUCCAAGUUUCUCAUCUCAUUCUCAAUCCUACCAAAAACCCACUCAAUCCAUGUUUCUCAUCUCAUCUCAUUCCCAAUCUUACCCAAAACCCACUCAUUCCAUGUUUCACCUUCGACGGAAUUUCCUCCACAUGUCUGGUCAUUGGUGUUGGGUCAUUUUCCGAAAGUUUUGCCUGGUUUCAAGUCGAUCUCGGGGAAGUGGUCCAAGUGUUUUCUAUUUCACUGUUGAAUUCCAAUAAUUCUUACGGUGAGUAUGAUUUUGUGUUGGUUAAAAGGGUUUAA